GGAAGGGCAGGGAAGAGAAGAGAAAGGAAAAGAAGGCGUAUAUCCGAGUAUCCAGAGAAAAUACAGCGAAACGCGCAACGCAAGAUGCGGUGAAGCGAAACGAGAGAAGCAAAAGACGAAGAAAGGCUACGAGCCGUAACGCGAACCAUAGGACGCCAAGCUGUCUGCCGGAACGCUGCUUUACGCCCCACUACGAGCCUUCGACGCUAAUAUCCAAUCGCGACGUUGCUGCCAGUACCGACUACUUCUCUCGUCUUAUUCUUCCUCCUAUGUUUUUUCUUCCUUUUUUCUCUACUUUUCUUUUUCUAUUUCUUCUCUUCUUUUUCUUUCGUUUUUUCUUUCUUUUUGCUCGCGUGUUCGCAUCCGCGAGGAGUCGACUUCGAGCUCGUCGUUUACGUCGAUGCUCUCGAGCGUAUCGGUAUCGUUAAUUCGAUCGAUAUCGCGAUAAUAUCGACGAGCGAGAACGAAGGAGAAUCGGGGCCAGAGGAAGAAGCGAACCGUUUGUCAGGGUAGAAGGAGGAUAAAACGAUAGAACGACGAUACCGGGGCGUCGAGAUGAUCGGAGCAGAAGCACGGAGAGGUCGAAACGAGACGAGCAGAACGGCGGUAGAGCCGACUACCACAGAGCUGGCUUUGUCCUACAUACGAGAGAUAGCGCGUACGCUUUUGCGUUUCUCGAGCCUAACCGGCCGCCUCCUGACCAGCCGGAUCGCGUAAAUAAAUCGUACGAUUCUCCCCUCGCAGCUUCCUCUUAGCCUUCGAGUUGGAGAACCAUUCCAGGCAUACCGAGAAAAAGACACUAAUGCCCGCAAGGUCUGGAGAAACAGUAGCUUCACUGUCGAUUACUUCGCGUAUUCCCCUACGCUUUCUCGUCGCGACGUCGCGCGCCUCGAUUUUAUCCCCCGUUCGACACGUACUCUUUAUUUUUCUGGAUCUCGAACGAAUUCGAGAACGAUCCGUUCGCGCUAGGCCGCGUAAUAUUCUCGGCGAAUAGAAUAGUUGGCGAGAAACAGUGACUAAAGAGAGAGAGAUUGCGGCCAGGGGGGUAGGGGGCAGAGAAAAAGAAAGAAGGAAGGGCGAAAGGAAAGGCAAGCCGUGCACGCGGGCAUAAAGCUCAAUCCGGGCGACACACCUGUUGAGCAUUCCUUCGCAAAUACCCGCGCGUCGACUACGUGCAUUACAUACGAAGUUGUACGCGAGCGCAGCUGUGCUUGGCUCGGUUUCGCUUGGCACGGCUUGCCUUGUCUUGCCUUGCCUUGUCUUGCUUCGCCUUGGACACGAGCGGCUCACGAGAAAGCCCAUCCAUUCCACGAAUUUCAUGGAAAUAAGUUGUAUUCUCGUUUCGACCUGCUCGAUUCAGCGACCAUGACUCGUUCCCACCAAGUUUUUCCUUCUGCUUUUCGAAUCGGAAAACGUCCUCGUCCUGCCGAUCGGCGCGAUCUAAACGACGAUCGUUCGAUUCUCUCUCGGAAAUUUCGAAAUAUUCGCGUAUCGCGAACCCUGCCUCGGGAUUUCCUCGAAAUUAAUUGUCGAGGCACGCGAGCGUCGCGUCGUUCGACUCGGCCGAUUGUUCGCGAAAUGCUCCUAAAUUACGUUUCUCGUAGAUGGCUCAAGGUCAAUAGACGCUGCUCGUUACGCGCUCGAACCCCGUACGCUUUUGUAGCUGGAUCGGAUUGUUCCGGAGAAUGGAAAGGGCAACACGUCGACGCGACGAAAUAACGAGAAACGAGAUACGAUGGAAGGAACAUCGAAGAAACGAGCAGCAGCGCUCGGUCGAUGAAUGAGUUUAAAGACUAUCGGAAUCGCUUAACGCUUAAUCGUCGGUCGCCGUUGGCAUAGGUUAAUAGGACUGUCCUUAUGUAAUUAACGCGAACGAUUGACGUCAUUGGCUCCUCUAUUUACGUAGUCUCGGUUCGAUGAAUCGACGAAUCGCGCAUUGUACGAGUUUCUGUUUUCUCGUCUCGACGCUCGGUUCGAGGUAUCGAAUCGUUUCUACGAAAAGGGCUGACGUCAGAAAUACUUUUCGUUUUUUCUGUUCGCUUCGCGCUCAUUCCGCGCUCGUUCCGCGUUCGUUCCGAGUAUUAGCCGCAAACGGUAUCUUCCUAUUAGAAUCGCGUCACGAUCAAAAAUAUCCUCUUCGAUUUCGAUUUUUCGGCUCGUUUCGCGUCCGUUUCGGGUAAAAGGCGCGCGCCUUUCAAAGUUUCCUCGUCGCCGCGAACGACCGGCGAAUUUUGAUCGUAAAACGCGACCGAUUCGUGCAUGUCGAUGGAAAGGAAAAAAACCUUGGAAACGAGAAGAAAGAAAAACAAGGAGGAGGAUGAGGAGAAGGAAGAGAAAGGAGAAGAGGGCUCGAUCGCUCGCGUUCGGAAUCGCGCGCAGCGUAUAGAUCGCCGGUUUCAGCCUUUUCCUUCUCGUCGAGGUUACGAACGGCAUCUGUACGCGUCAGAGCACACCUGGGUGGUGAUCUCGCGUAUUAAAUUAUCGUCGCGUUGAUCUCGCGAGCGAGCAGGAGAUCGUUAGUUUUACUCCAAGAUCCCGCGAUCGAGGACGCCGGACGCCUCGAUUCUUCGUCGUCCGUUCAACCCGCCUAUCUCUCCUUCUCCUCGAGUUCUUCGGCUUCUCCGCGUCCUUCUCUUCUCCCCUCCCUCUAGCCAAUCCUUGCCCUCCCUUUUCUCUCUUCUUUCCUCUUUCUUAUUUCUUCUCUCUUGUCUUUCCCUCCUCCCCUCCUGUCCUACCUCUUUGAUGGUCGAUCGUGACCAGAUAACCAGCACUUUCGCGGCACUUUCAAAGUACCUCUAGCUACGUACAAGCCCGCCAGAAAGUUCUCGAACCUCCUCGCCUGAUCAUACGAUAAAAUAGGAUAGGACAUCGCGGUCGAGAUUUUCGUCUUUCGCCUUCUCUUUCCUGUCUCUCGAUCUCUCUCUCUCCCUCUCUUUAAGAUCGCGUCUAGGUUUCUCCUUCGGAGCGAUCGAACUCGUCCAAGUAGAUUUCCGUUCCGGGUUCGAUCUCUUUACGACUUUGCGUAACGUCGAGCAAACGAGAAGAGCGAAGAACGAGCGAAAAGAGAAUCGGCGAACGCGGUCGAGGAUCGCGGAUCGUUCGGUGGUUCUCGCUUCGUCCGCUACCUCGUUGUCGCUUGAUUUACGAUUUUUAGCCCCCUCUCCCUCUUCCUCCUUCCUUCCCUCCGCCUCUUACCCUCUCCACAUCUCGUUAAUUAAACCUUUUCAACUCGCUGCCUACUUUUUUCUUUCCUUCCUUCUCGUUCUAGCUUUUCUGUUUUUCUCCUUUACACCCUCUCUCUCUCUGUGGUCGUUGUUUCGGCUUUCGAUACGAAUCUCGUAGGAAUAUCGCACGAAACGCGUUAGUAUUCGAACGAACGAUUAGAGGCGGAUACGUCGGAAGAAUAUCGGAAGUUUGUCUGGAAGAAAGGAAGAAAGAAAGAUAAACCGAAUUGGAAAGAGCAAAAAAGAAAGUGGAGUGCGCGUAGAGGAGAGUUACGAAGGUGGUAGAAAGGAAGAAACAGAAACUGACGGUCGGACAAAGUCAGACAGCGAGCAGCGAGGUGCACGCGCGGUUCUAGCGAGGAGGAGGUCCCUCCCGAGCUCGUCGAGCAACUCCUUCUCACGAUUGAGUCAUCCGGCAGAAGAAAAGGACCACCUGACAAUGCAUCGACAACAGAGACUUCGAUCGCCAUCGUUACCCUCGUCGUCGUCGUCGUUAUCGCUGCCGCUCUCAACGUCCCGAUCGCCGGUCUCGACGUCGUCGUCACCGAUGACGUUAUCCGCGUCAACCUCGAUGUCGUCCGCGUCGCAGCCGUCAGCGUCUACCUUUUUAUCCUCUACGAGCACGUGGCCAACCUCGAACCAGUCGUAUUCUUGGAGCGUGCAGCAGACUUCCUGUUCGAGGUUAUCCUCGUUACCGAGCGAAUCGUCGCUCGUUUCGACCGCUUCGAUACCGUGUCCGAGAUUGGUUUCCGUGUUGGCUUGGUCGGUGACGUUGUUACUCGUCUCUUCCUGUAUCGGCCUGACGGACGCUGGAAUCUUGAACGGGCAUCCUUUGGGUAAAAGGUCGUUCAUCGAUAUCCAAUGCAAGGGUAUAUACGACAAGAGCAUUUUCGCUCGAUUGGAUCGUAUCUGCGAGGAUUGUUACAACCUAUUCCGGGAGCCUCAGUUGCAUCAACUGUGCAGGAAAAACUGUUUCACGUCAGACUACUUCAAAGGAUGCUUAGACGUGCUAUUGCUACAAGACGAAGUAGAGAAGAUCCAAACGUGGAUCAAGCAACUUCACGGAGCGGAACCCGGGGUUUAGGCAAGGCUGCUUUGGUACGCAAUACUUUACGAGCUGUUAUCAGGCGUUGCUGCUUGAAGACGAGAAGGAAAAGUUUGAAGAGAUGGUCGAGUAUCUAGGCGGUAAGAAGUAACAGGGAAGAAGAGAGAGACGCGCUCGCAUCGCGAACGGUUCAUUCGCAACACCCAAGAUGAACCACGAUUCCAGCGACGACGUCGACGAGGAACAACGAACGAGACGCGAAAGACGAGAAACGAGAUACCAGAUACCAGAUACCAGAUACGAGAUACCAGAUACAAGAUACGAGAUACGGCGAGCUAUCGACUUCCAACGUUAACCAUCCUCGUAACUGUACGCAGAAUCUUGGACACAACGGCAUUCGUUCGAUGUUCCCUUCGCGCUCUUCCCUUUGUCACAUUUGUCGAGACAUCGAACGCGCACCUAAACUGGGGAUUCGAAGUGCGCCUUCGAAGCACGCUAAGCGAUCGUCGGUACACGUACCUUACCCUCUUUCUUUUAUUAGGAACGCAACGAUACUAUACUAUACGAUACGACAACGAUACGAUACGCUACGCGAACCCGAUCGAUAUUCGAUAGAGAACGACCAAACGACGGAUCGAGAUUGAUUUUAGAAAAUUCCAAAUGAAACAGACGCGAUCAGCCAUGGUACAGUUGCUCUUUCGUUUAUUACGAUCGUUUUCUUCGUUUCCGUUCCGUCAAAAAGUUGCGCGUCUCGAUUCCAAUUCUCUACGCCUCCAUCUCGACCCUCGAUAAACCCAUCUACGAAUCUAGUCGACAGAAUAUUUGCGCUCGCGUAUUGCGCCUUUUGUCUUUUUAUCCGAUUAAUCAUUAAUUAUUUUUACGUCGAGUAUCGUCGUUCGUUAUUACGGCGAUUAUUAUUUUUUAUUUUCUUUUAUAAUACAUAUAUAUGUAUCUAUAUAUGUAUAUAUACAUAUAUGUAUAUAUAAUACAUAUAUAUAUAAUAUAUACAUGAUACGUAUCGCUGAGUGAAUUCCUGUGACGGAAAAGACAGCGAUUACGCUUUACACGCGUUACUUAUCCACGUGCAUCGAUUCGCUGAAAUUUGGUCAAAUUGCCCGAACGCGAUCCUUUUUCGUUUGCUAAAAUUAUCGUCGAAAAUAUUCGCGAAUUAGAAUAAGCCAUUUCGAACGCGCGACGCUCGGAACUACGCGACCAAUUUGGAUUUUAUUCUGAUAGGACGGAGUUUCACCGAUCGGACGAUCGUUUUUGCUCGAUCGGCAAAGAAAAGCCAUCGAAGAAGCACGAAAACCGUUCGCGAACUACCUUCUUAUCGAUGCCGACGUUAGUUUUAUUUAGAAUACCUUUUUUACUCUCUAUCGCUGAAUCUCUGUUGUGAAUCUCUAUCGCGAAUCUCCUGCUAUCCUCACUUACUUACGCUAUAUUAUCGCACCGAUCGAAACACCUACCAUCGUUCGUUUUAUCGUUACCGCUACUGCUCCUAUUCUCGUUACUCUCGCUGCUACUACUUUUAUCUCGCCAACGGUAACGGCAACGCCGUCGCCAAUUCCAUCGAUACACUUCGUUCUAACCAGCCUCGUUCUUCCAAUAUUAUUAUUAUUAUUAUUAUUAUUACUAUUAUUAUUAUUAUUAAUAUUAUUAUUAUUAUUAUUAUCAUCAUCGUUACCGUUGUUGUUGCCAUCGACGAAAUCGUUAUUGCUUUUGCUACCCUCGUUACAUCGUUACCGUUUCGACUUGGAACUCGAUCAAACCACGACCAAACUUACCUACUUUCGCGAUUAUUAUUCUUCCUGUUAUAUUUCCGUUGCUCUUUCUCUCCCUCUCUAACAGCUAACACCGUCAUCGUUGCUAUCGUUACUAUUAUAUCGUAUUACGUUAUAUAAUAUUGUAUUGUUAGUUUAUAGUAUACUUAUUGUUGUUACAAUUGUCACGAUAUCGCUACGACGACUCCGUGUUCGUUUUCGACGAUUACGAAGUUAGAAAUUGCCGGGAAAGAAUCGUGCAUCGUACGGAACAGCGACGAAUACGACGUCGAUGGAACGACCGACUCGAGCUCGGACUCGUCAACGCGAAUCGGAUUAUGAACGGAGUACGUUAUUCGUACGUAUUACACGCGUAAUAUUUAUUUAUUUCUUCGCGUUCUUUAAUUUCGAGAAGGGCGAUCGUAAAGCGGUCAUAAAACUUAUCGACGAUCUUCUUCGACGAGAUGCUAUCGUAUCGUAAGAAAAAGAAACGACGAUAGAACGAGAUGUCUAUCGUUUUCGCCUGACAUACGUAUUAUUCGUGCUCCAAUGGAUGAUCUCUGACUGUCUUGCAGGAAUCGUUGGUAACUGGCCGAUAUCGAGAUUCCUCUUUUAAUCUUAUCGAAUAUUAUUUAAGAUUCUAACGCAUUCCCAGUUUAGGGAAUUACGAGCAUUCCAAAAUCAGUAUUGAACUCAUUCCGACACUGUUCCACAAUCUUCUUGUCGACGCAUAUUCAUUUUGUUUCUACCGCCGCGCACCGGCUCUCCGCCGAGAAACGCCAAUUAUUUCGACCGAUUCGUUCGAAAGCUGUUCAUUCGAAUUCAAACGAAGACGGACAACCGCUACAACUUUUCACUACUUUACUCUAUCUUCGCUUUCAUCCUUUUCUCUUCUCUUCUCUUAUCUUAUCUUAUCGUCUCUCCUCUUUUCUUCAUUUUUCUAGUUUUUUAACUUAUUCGUGUUUUGUCCCGACAUUACCAUUAUUACGCUUUCGAAAUGCGCAGGUAGAAACGAAAAGAGAAACGGCUAAGAAUGCGUAUACUAUCCGAUUUGAUUCUUGUACAAUUCUAUAUAUAGAUAUAUAGAUAUUAAAGAUAUAUAUAUAUAUAUAUAUAAAUAUAUAAUGUAUAUUAUA